AUGGCCACGGCCUUACAAAGUCUGCGUAUGACAGCGCGAUGCUGCUCAUGCAGAAAUAUCACCUCCAGAUACACCAGCAAGGCAAUUGCUCAACGGAGGUUAUUUUCAACCACACCAAGACAGUAUAAAAUCGACCCGAAAUUUAAGGACCUCGAGGAAACAGAACCAGAUGAGGAUGAGUUCAUGGAAGAGAUCGACGAUUUGUUUGAGAAUGCGGGUGCUCGUCAUGCAAAUAAUCUACCAUCGUAUGGAUUCGACGAGGGUUUGAAGAAGAAGUUGAAGCCUACAUUUCUAAACAUGGGAGACCCAGAACCGUUUGAUGAGGACGAUAGAGAGGAUGACCACGAUGAUAUCACGACUUUGGCACAUAUGGAGUUGGAACAAGUUAGAGAAAUCAGACAUUAUAAUAGAUUGGCAGCAUGGGAGAUGCCAAUGUUGAGCAAAUUGGCAAAGCCAUUCGUGCCACCUUCUACGGAAACUCCUUUACGAUUCAGAAAAUUGGUUGGUACAAGACUCAACCCGGAAACAGAUAUUGUCAAAAUGAGUUGUGAGAUGUACCCAUCACAAGCCCAGAAUAAGCGAUAUCUUGGUGAUCUGGUUGAUUCAUUAUUGGCAGAAGCAAAGACUGGUGAUACAUUCGAAGAUGUUCCUUUAGAUACGCGCCAUCAUGUAUUCAAAACGAAGCCGAAAUUCCCCGUGGGAUGGAGAUUGACAGAAGAGAGGAAGAAAGAAUUGGAACAAUAUCGCCGAAAGAUGGUGGAAACAGACUCGAAUCGAGAACAUAUUGGUCAAUUGGUUGAUGGCAUUGAAACGAUUCAGCAGAAAUUGAGUAAUCCUAAAGCAAAGGAACCAGUACCUGAGACUAUCGCGGCUGGAGGGAGGAUAAUUGCCAACAAGAAAGUUGUUGUUAAGAGGUUGGUAUAA